UCAUCAUGCAUGAUACUAACGAUCAUCGUUUUCAUGAUCGAUCAUUGCAACCAUGUCCGAGUACACGAGUACUCAUGCUCAUCCCUAGUGCUAACAUGGUUUUAGUGUGAAAAUAUCACUUACUAGCAUUUUCCGUGUAAAGUUAUAUCCAAUUUGACAACUUUGUUGCAAUGACGACAUAACAGUGUAAACAAUACAUCCCUAAAUCAACCAUAAAAAUUACAAUUUAAACUUUGCAGCUCAAAUAAUACAUUCAUUUUAACAGAAGAAUUCAUGCAAGCGCUUUUAUAAAAUUAGAAGCUUCACAUUUCUGCCUUUAAACCCUCCAAAAAUGUGCCCAAUUCACUUCCAUUGUAAGUGCCUCACUGUAACCUAAAUUUUUUUUUAUUGUGCAGGGAUGCACACUAGACAACUUUCAGCUACAGUCACCUUUUUUAAGCUUAUUUCCCCAAAUUAUUUGGCAGAAAUUUCUACAUUUUACUUAUUAAAAUCACUUGAAAGGGUUACUUUAAGCUUAAAUACUUGGACAAAAGCUUAAACAAAAUACAGUGUGUUAAAUACAACACAAAUUAACUGAAAAGAUAAAUCUGGAACUCCUGCUUUGACUUUCUCAACUUUUACGCCUGAGCUUAACUUGUUUUGAACCUGGAAUAUUCCUUUAAAUCGCCUGGAUUUGUUAAGUUUUCAUGAAUAGAAAGUGUUUCAAACAAUGGGUGAGUUGUUUCCCUUUGUUUCAUAAAAGGCUAUAUUGCAAAAGAUUAUAUGGUUAAAUAGGUUUACAGAGCAUUUCAGAGUUCAGCAUGCAAAAUAAAACUUGGAUUCACUAAAUGGAUAAAAGUACUCUAUGUGUGGACACCCCCUUUUAUUUAGCUGGUUUGACUAUUCCAGUUAUUUCUUUAAGGACUUGUCUUAAUGCUACUCUUUACAAUGACAUUGUGUGCUUUCAACCUUGUUGCAGCAGUUUGGGAGUGCCCUUUUCUCUGCAAGCAUGACUGUGCCUCAAGCAAGGUCAAUAUAAAAAUGGUUUACUAACUCUGGUGUGCACUUGAACUGAACACCCUUGGGAUAAUGUGAAAUGGUGACUGUGAGCCAGACCAUCAGUGCCUGACCUCACUGAUGCUCAUGUUUCUGAAAGAUCCCCACAUUCAUGUUCCAACAUCGAGUGGAAAGCUAUCCCAGUGCAAACUGAUAGAACAGCAAAGCUCACGGGCAGUCAUGAUCUCUGAAGCAGCCGCCAUGGCUGGGAUCACUACUCACAAGAUCAGUAAACACAUCACCUUCUUAGGAAAUGACGUCACAGGGACUCCUGACUCCACCUUUCCACCUGGUCAGCCUAAACCUCUGUUACUGUUGAUGCCGUGGCUGGGAUCCAGACCACAGGCCAUUGCAAAGUAUUGUGAUAUUUAUUUCCGCACUGGCUUUGACGUGCUUAUUGUGGAAAGUGAGGUGAGACAAUUCCUGUGGCCUCGCUGGGGGCUGGAGUAUGGUGGCCAUUUGCUGGAGUUAUUAGAAAGUGAGCGCUUCUGUCAGCGCCCCCUGCUGGUCCAUGCCUUCUCCAUAGGGGGUUACACAUUCUGUCAGGUGCUCAUUCAUGUGGCCAAAGACACCCAGCGCUAUCUAGGCCUGACAAACAGGAUCAGAGGUCAAAUCUAUGACAGUUUGGUCAUGGGUUCAGUGGAGCAAAUGGCUGUCGGCUUGGGUAAAACCAUGUUCCCUCGGCUGGAAGGUCUCGUGAGGAGGGCCAGCCUUCUGUAUUUCCGUGCCUUCAAACACCAGACAGUCGACUAUUUUAACGAAGGGAUCAGUGUGUUCUGGAACACUCCUUUGACAGCUCCCGCUCUUUUCUGUUUCUCGGAGAAUGAUGCACUGUGCGAUUGCCAGACGAUGGAGAAGAUGGUGGAGUUUUGGAGGAAUCGAGGCCUAACUGUGCAGAGCAAGAAAUGGAAGAAGUCUAUUCAUGCAGGUCAUCUGCGUACCCACCCUCAGGAAUACAUGUCCACACUGGAGAUCUUCGUGCAGGCCCUCAACAUGGUGCCACUGAAGGCCAAAAUGUGAACGUGGGAUUCGGAGUCACUCGAUUAAUAUAAGGAAUAGUUCACCCAAAAAACACGUACUCACCCUAUAAUGUCGCUUCAAACCUGUAUGACUUUGUCAAUUCUUCAGAUGUAUUGAAUAGUGAAUAGUGACUCUGGGCAAUCUAUCUCCAAAAUGAAGAAAAUACAAACAAACACCAUAAACCUCAUUAAAAGUAUUCUGAAGCCAUACAAUCAAAACAGAAUUACAAUUUUUGGCCGAACUAUUCCUUUAAACAUCAAAUUAGCCAAAAGUGCCUGGUUUUAUUGCUAAAUAGAUAUUAGUAUUUUAUCUUAUUUGGUCAAAUGGUUGGCCUCAGAUCAGAUGGCCUCAGUUUUUCAACCCACUCCAGCCUGUCCAAAUAUUUGUAAUAACCACAUCCAAUCAUUUUCAGCCAAAUAUUCAUAAAUCCUGUCUACAAGAAGAAUCAGAAUUUUUGAAGACCAUAGCACUUUUAUGUGAAUCUUGAAUAUGUGAUACAGUCUGUCAAUAUUUUAACCUUUUGGUUUAUUGCACUACAAUGCAAAGGAGCUGCUAACAUGUUUUUUAAAGGUCAGAACUCAUUUUGGAAUAAAUUAUUUUGUAUUAGAUGUUCGUGGUAAACACUUGAGAAACUGUUAAAAAAAUAAGACCUGUACAUAAUGAAUCAUUUACGUUUAUGCAUUGGCAGACGCUUUUAUCCAAAGCGACUUACAGUGCACUUAUUACAGGGACAAUUCCCCUAAAGUGGCUGUGGGGAUCAAACCAGCAACCUUCUGAUUACCAGCUCUGUGCUUUAGCCCACUACGCCACCACCACUAUAAUCAUCAAUUAUAUGACAUGACUUUUAGCACCUAUUAGCUUGAAUACACUUGAGUAAUUUAUGUUUAUCUCAAAAGGAACGUUGGCAGUACCCCUGACCCCUCUUUAAGAUUACUUCACUUGACAUUGUUUCUAGAUAUAGAAACAAGUAUUCAGUAUAUACUAGUCAAUAGCAAAACUCUUCAACACAGUCAUGGAAAAUCAACGCACUUUUUUUCUUGUUCUGGUUCGAACCUAUUUGGAAAAAAUAAAGGAAGUUUUAGUUUGUGAAUGCAACAAUUAUGCUUUUUUGUUGUUACUGCUGCAUUUAUUUAUUUUUUGCAAAGGUACAAGCCGAUUAAAUAAAUUAUUCUGAUUAAUUUGAUUUUGACAAUGACUUCAUAAAUGCAUGUUACAUCUAGGAAAAGGGUUGUAUCUGGUGAAAUGAAGGAUUUUAGGGAGAAGUCUUAAGGAAAUCAUAAGAAAUACAUUCAGAUAUACAGUGUUGCUGGUUAUUGAUGUCAUGUUUGUCAAGUAGAUUAUAUUUUACUUACUGCAAGUUUAUGAAAUUGUAGUAAUUUGCCUCAUUGGAUUCCAUGUAGAAACCAGAACAAAUGAAGUGCAUCACUGGUG